AGUGCACGCAGCAAGCGAAGAUUGUCAAGAUGGAUGCUCGUUGCCGAUGGUACGAAGUAUGGAUUUUGCCGCGUGAUUCGUGAAAUGCGAAACCACUGUUGUUGUUCGACGAGAGAAAAGAUCGUGUACCGGAAAAUGUCUGUGUUCUCGGUGUUCUAACGUUAUUCUGCUAUGGUGUCUCCCGGUACGCAGCGUUGAGUAAACGGAGUGCUUUUACAUAGUGAUGAGAAAAACAUCCAGAACCAGUACAGUAGCAGCGGCUUUCUACAAUGGUGGAUAACAAUUGUAUUAUCGAGGGAAAUGUCAAGUUUCGUGACGGCAAAAAAUGGAAAUCCAGAUGGUGUGUUAUGAGGAAAUUAUCACCAGUUGCAGAUUGUCUUCAUUUGCAACUUUACGGGGAUAGCAAGGAUCGGUACAAACAAGGCCAAACAAAAGCUUCGUUAAGUUUGCAACAUUUUCUUGGCGUGGAGAGCGGUUUUACUCUAGACAAGGAGUCCAACACGAUCGCUAUAAUAUGUCAGGACGUGACAGUUGUUCUCGCCUUUGACACUAGAGAACGGUUGAUCCAAUGGCAAGUGAAGAUUUCGAACAAUCUAGGCGAAGAUCAACAGUUCCUGAUACUGAUCUCCACGGUGCCAUCGAAAGCGAAGAUUCCAAGCGGGCCAGCGCAUUUGCAUAUCCAGGAUCGUCGGUUCUGCAUCACCAUUGGCAUACCACCGAGAUUGGUAGGCAUUUGGGAGAUCGCGCAUCUUCGUCGUUAUGGGGUGGUAGAGGGCAGAUUCUGUUUCGAGGGUGGCUCGAGAUGUGGUCGAGGGGAAGGUCUUCACGUACUGAUCACUGAUCAAGGUGAGGAUAUCGUGAAGAUGUUGCAGCUAGCAGCGGAGGGAAAGCUGACGAAAAAGCGGCCGAUCAGCAGAGAGCAAAUGGCUCAAGACAGUCCGCGUCGUCAGUUCUCCCGAUCCGAAACUAGAGCAAGCGACUUCUUCCCCUCGACCAUAUACUCGUCGACGUACGAGGAUCAGUGCGACAGCUGCAAGAACGAGAGCUCGCCUUACUGGUCGUCCGCCGAGAGUAGACAGCAAACGGAACUCGACAGGGAUUACAGCAGCAGAGACACUAUCUCUGUCUCGGAGCUACCGGACCAACCAGGAGAUUGGCGCAGCUGUUCCUUGACUCGUCAAGGCACGUCUGCAUUGGAACGAUGCGCCAGCUGUAUCAGCAAACUCGGAACCGUGUCGAAAUCCUCGACUCUAGCCACGACGACCGGUACCGGUAGCAUAAGCAGUCCCGCCGGCACGAUGAACAAUCUCGUCGGCCAUUUGCAGCCUCGUACGCUGGACCGAUUAUCGUUGUCCUCGUACAGCAGUAGCAGCCACGAUAGCGAUUAUUCCGGUUCCCAGCAACAGAUCGAGUGUCAUUGUUCGCAAAUGAAGUCGCAGCAGGUGACCGUACAACGCGCGUCGCCGAGUCCCGGUGCACUGCCACCGAGACCUCCAAAACCGUCCCAAAACACUGCCACGAAAAAGGUGAAAAAGCCACCCAUGCCACUGCCAAACGAGCAAUCUUGCGUACACUCUCGCAAACAGCAGCUAGUCGUUCGCAACGCGUCCGCAGUUACCGCCGCCGCUACUCCGGCUACUCCGGCUGCUGCUGGUCCAUACGAGAAUUACGAUGUGCCUAAGACGAUCUUGGGUCAUCACAUGGUGUUGGAGCAGGCUCCCCAACCGGAUCAGUAUUACGAUACGCCAAGGAAAAUCAAAGAAUGCCUGGCACUGCCAAAAAUUUAUCCCAAUUACGAUACGCCGCAAACUCCGCAGGCUGUGGUGCUGCAACAGUGUGGUUGCCCGGCCAAGCUCACCAUUCAGUCGCCCCGAUCUUCCGGAUGUCCUUGUCAGAACAUGAUGAGUUGGGCCGGUUUCGUAUUGCCGUACUGUAGACGGGGAGCGGGAAUAGAGCCGACCGGGGUGACCGUGCAUCCUGUGAAGCUUUCCGGGGAGGGAAAGAUGCCGGUGGUGAACGCCAGCGGGGAAAUCGCAAUUUACGCGACGGCGAAGAGGUUCAAGAAGUUGGAGAUCGUCGAAGACACUGCCAAGGACGGCUGCGAUUGCCUCCAAGAGAACACGUCCAACAAUUACGAGAACGUCGAGCCGGUUAUCGACACACAACCAGAGUCCAGACAAGCAAAUUACGCCAACAUCGACUUCACGCAGUCUUUGGAGCAUUACGAGAACAGUAAGGAUCUCCUGGCGAAGAGCGGUAUAUCGCAAGAGGAGAUAGAGAAGUUCGCGGAUCAGAUAAAAGAGGAAACGGCCGAAUCGUACACCGAAGAUUCGUCGAAGAUAUGUCAAAAGUGCGGCCACGUUAAGGACAGAGAGAACGAUUAUUUAGUGAUGAACCCUGAGAAACAAACGCCAAAGAAACCGUUCCCUGGUUACCUGCCGAUGCAACCGGCGCACAACGCGUGCUCGAAGGAGAUACUGUCGAGGAUCUGCAGCGGUAUAAAAAGCUCGAGCAAUCCCGCGUUAUCGGGGUCAGCGUCUACCGACGCCGGGAAAAAGCGAUCCGAUUCCGAGUUUCGUGUUCCUGGUUCGGCAAUGUUGUCCAGCCCGUAUCUUAGACGUCGUUACUUCGACGGGAACAGUACAGAGCCCAGCGGGAAUAUCGGUUUACUGUUGCGAAAACGAUCGUACUCGGCGGAGUCUGCUCAUUACCUGGACGACGAGAACCACACGUUCCCGUCGACUCUCACCAUUCAUAAAUGUUCGAGCGAAGCGGAUAAAGCUUCUCUGGUCACGGGAGACACGCACGCCUCGUGCGUUAAUUCCGAGACGAAGAUCGGUCAAGAGAACGGCCAGAUAUCGAUAGCCUCGUCCCAGCCGUCGUUUAUAAAGAUCCGACGGUCUUCUUCCGUGCCGUCGAAAACCGGUCACAAUAGAGACUCCUCGAGCAGCAACGACUCCGGUGUUUCUACCGGGUCUCUCAGUCACAGAACGGCCGAGUUCGUUGAGUUCGAACUGUCCAUAGUGCCAUCGACCUCGACGAGGAAGCAGAACGUGUUGUCUGUUUACCGGAAGAGUCCACCGCCCACCUGUUACCACAGCAGCCUACCAAGAAAAUCGAAAUCCAGCGACCCGCUACGAGAAUUGUCCUUUCAGUUUCAAAAGAUCAAGAUACCCACCAAGUCCUCGUCGGCAGAGGCCGACAUACCCACGUGUUUGCCAAAAGGCGCGAAAGGUUUCAACAGCCCCGGAGAAGUGUCCAGCGCGCCUUACAUCGACUCGCGAAGCACCAGUAGCGGUACAUCCGACAUGUCCGAUUACAUCGAGACGUUGUCGUUGUCGUCCCACUCGUCGUCCGAUACACCGGACAGUCUCAGACUGAGCGGCAGAGCAGUGGCAACGACGCUUCGUCCACGCAGCGGAAAAGAAUAUUACAAAAUCGAUCGAAGUAUUCUUGUUGAGCAAGGAAGAACGUUAACGACACCAUCCGCUAAUUACGCGAACAUUACCCCGGUGCUUGAGAAAAGCGAAUCCCCCUCGCCUGGAUACAUGAGUAGUUCUCCCUUUGAACAACCGCAACCUACUCGCGAGCACUUUUUAUUUCCUGAUGAAGCUUGAACGCGGCAACAUUGUUUGGGAAGAGAGCGGAAAACUUCAAGUUCCUAGGAAUUCCAAACAAAAUCAGUAAGAGUAUUCACGAUAGAAAUUAUAAAUUAUAUCGGGGCGUCAUGACUGUUUACACUAUACGCGGGUAUCUAGCAGUUACCCAAACGUAGUUUUCAAAGCAGUGCGUAUGCAUCGCAUCGAGCUUGUGUACGUUGAUAUCAUUCCGUCAGAUUGAGGAAGAAAUAGACCAUCUUUAACGGUACAAGGUUCAGGAACCAGUGUAAAAGAGCUAUGUAGAACAGUCGUCUUUCUAAUUUCCUCGCGUCUAUUACGACGAAGUCUUCUUACACGUAUGAGUCCGCACAAUCAAAAGAACCUUAAAGUAAGAUGUUUCUCGAAAUGUAUCUAGGUUCUAGCGUAUAGUCGAAAUGAAGUCAAUAAUUGAACACUUCUUACAACGACUCAAACAAUUUCUAAAAUAUGCUCAAUAAGAAACUCUAAUAGUUUGUAUAGUAAGAAUCCUGCCCUAGGAUAAAAACAAAAAAAGUGUAUGCAUCAUAUACUUUAUAUGAGUAUAUCGUUUUUUGAAUAUUUUUUAUUUUAUAUGAGUAUACUUCUACAUAGGGUUUGUACAGCGGGUUAAACCGAGAAUGCAAUUUACGACUCUGUGUUUAUACUGAUUAAUACACGAUCCAUCUGUAUUUGUAUUUAAUAUACAACCAAAAAAAAAAAAAAACGGGCAAGAAAGCAAAGGGAAGAAAAAGAACUAAACGAUGGAGGAAAAGAAAAGAAAAAAAAAAAUGCAAUGAAAGUAAUCAGUUGCAGAGCAUUCACAGGGUUUUCAACACUUACUAGUUAUUUUCUAAAGGCUAAGGUGUAACGUAAUAUAGCCGUAAAUGGUCUUCUUUUUAACGAGAUUUAUAUGGUGGAUAUUCUAGAGUCUCUGGGCAAUCAAAGAUGGCACUAUGUAUAGGUUAUAAAGAAAAUGUCUUUAAAUAAGUCCUAAGGAUACGCGAAUGAUGUAAAGUUCGAGUUAUUUUUAUUGAAUUUUUAUGGUUAUAGGUCCAGGAGUGGGUCUUUAACAGAACGGGCCUUUAAUAGUACGUUCCAAGUCUCGUAUUGUGCUUCAAUUUCGAUGAUUUCCUAUUAGAUUUAUAUAGAUCACGCAACGAAUUAGUUAUUAACGCGAUUGCAAUAUGAUUUCCGGUUUCCGUAUAUCGUAUAGAGAUGGUACUUGAAAGAUAUUUUUUAUUCAUAACCGAGGGGUUAGGCCUGUAUCGUUUCGUGCGCGAAUAACGUAUAUGUUUAUGGAAUUUUUUACCAAACAAAAAGAAAAAAUAAUAUUUAUUUUUACUUGGACGGUGCAGGAUGGGAUCUUUUUGAUAAUAAACUAUUUAUAACGUAGGCGACUAAGAAACGAACGACUCAGUAUAGUUCUAUCGAUCGAUCGAAUCUAGUUAAGCCUG